AACCAGAUCUGCACCCGCAGCAGCACCAGCUCCUGCCCGCCCACCACCGAGUCACCGGAGCCGUCCUACCCGGCCCCGAGGUGCAGGAACCCCCGCAGAAAGUGGCAGGUGUUCCCGGGGAGGAACCGGUUCUACUGCGGAGGUCGGAUCAUGAUGGCGAGGCAGACCGGCGUGUUUUACCUGACUCUGGUCCUCAUCCUGCUCACCAGCGGCCUCUUCUUCACCUUCGACUGUCCCUUCCUGGCGUCCAACCUGACCCCGGCCAUCCCGGCGGUCGGCGGCAUCCUCUUCGUCUUCGUGAUGGGGAUGCUGUUCAGGGCGAGCUUCACGGACCCCGGCGUCCUGCCCCGAGCGACGCCGGACGAGGCCGCCGACCUUGAGAGGCAGAUUGACUCAGCAGGCUGCAGACCUCCGCCCCGCACCAGAGAGGUUCUCAUCAACGGUCAGACGGUCAAACUGAAAUAUUGCUUCACCUGCAAAAUCUUCAGACCGCCGCGAGCGUCACACUGCAGCCUGUGUGACAACUGUGUCGAGCGUUUCGACCAUCACUGUCCCUGGGUGGGGAACUGUGUCGGAAGGAGGAACUACCGCUUCUUCUACCUGUUCAUCCUCUCUCUCUCCUUCCUCACCAUCUUCAUCUUCGCCUUCGUCAUCACCCACGUCAUCCUCAGAUCGAACCGGACGGGUUUCCUGAGUGCGCUCAAAGACAGUCCGGCCAGCGUCCUGGAGGUAGUGGUGUGUUUCUUCUCGGUCUGGUCAAUCGUUGGUCUGUCAGGUUUCCACACCUACCUGAUCAGCUCUAACCAGACCACCAACGAGGAUAUUAAAGGUUCCUGGUCCACGAAGCGAGGGAAGGACAACUACAACCCCUACAGCUACGGAAACAUCCUGACCAACUGCUGCUCUGCUCUGUGUGGACCGCUGCCUCCCAGCUUGAUUGACAGGAGAGGUCUGAUUCAGUCUGACACGCCGCAGACUGUCUCCCAGUCCAACGGGACCAGCGGCGGUGGAAGUUACGCCUCCACUCAGCUCCACAGUCAUAUGUGUGAUCAGGAUCAGUGCAUCCAGAGCACCAAGUUUGUCCUCCAGGCAGCAGCCACCCCUCUGCUCCACAGCGACCCCGUGGUCCUGGCCCCUCUACCAGGGAAGACCACCACCCUGGGGGGCCCCUGCGCCUACCUGACCCCCACCCAGCCGUCCCUGCCGUCGUGCGGUGGAGACGUCCUGACCCUGAGGGAUCCCACCACAGACAACCACUGCCACCACCACCUCCACCACCACCACCAUCACCACCACCACCACUUCGUCAGCCCCGAGGAGACGCCCUGCUCCACGCCACAGGGGGCCCUGCCCUGCCCCGCCCACCUGGUCCCACACCCACACACCCACCUCCACCCUCAACCACACCAGUCUGUCCCCUCCCCCGCCGCCCUUUAUAACCCGGCCAGUCAGGACGCUCUGCACGAGGACUCUGUCAGAGGACUGGUCAAACUCAGCUCCGUCUGA